AUGCCGCCGCCGGCCGCGGCGCGCGGGGCGCCCCGCCGCGGGGCGGCGCCCGCCGCCGGCGACACGGACAGCGACGAGCCAGGCGACGGCGAUGGCACGCACGGCCCGCCGGCCACCGGCAAGUGGUGGUUCGUCCCCGACGCGGAGAUCCGGGCCCUGAUCUCCGAGCAGUCCCAGCCGCACGGCCUCGGCGCGGCGCGGCCGCGGCCCGGGGCCCGCGGCCCGGGCGCGGGGCGGGCCGCCUUGGGCGGGGGCGCGGGCGGGGCCGGGGGGCGCGGGGCGGCUCGACCUGCCCGGGGGCGCCGAGCGCGAGGCAGGCCUGGGCGCCGCACAGAGGCUCAGCCCGAAGAAGGACUGGCGGGUGCCCGAUUCGGCGAUCUCCCACCUGGUGGAGCGCCUGUCCUCGGCGUCGCCGUCCUGCGCCAGCGGCGCCAGGCGGCUCAGUCUGGCCGGCGGCGCGACGCUCGCGAGGGCCCCGCCGCCCCUUUGCAGCAGCGCCCGCCAGCCUGA